AUGGACGCAGCGGAGACUGAUCUCCGCCGCAGAAGGCCUCGUGUGGACCCGCAAGAUGACGAUAAUCUCGAGGAAAAUCAAGCAGUACUCCCACUUGCGCUCAACUUCCAUCAAUAUUUACUGGAUAAAGGAGAACUAUCGACGGUCAGCCACCUAGUCACACCCCCAUUUCGCGGAAAAUACCUCCGCCAUAAUUUCACUCUGCCUGCUAAGUCACCAAUGACACCUUCAGCCCGCCCUCGCCAAACUAGGUCCACCAGGUCCUCGAAUAAUGAGACAGAGGUUUGCGAUAAGUUCAAUACAACAGGGUGUUUCUGGGAGGGCUGUGGUCUCGGGCACACUCUCGCUGGCAUCCUGACUUACGGUGCCCAGAUCGGUUAUAGGGGCAAGAAGUAUACUCGCUACUCUACCAACCACUACAUACACGAACCUGUCCCCAAGCACGAUAGGGGAUGGCGCCGCAUCCAUAACCUAUCUUGGCCCCCUGGAGAGGGCCUCAACCAGGGUAUACCGGAUUCCUGGUCAGCAAUUGAAUACAUCACAAUCGAUGAUAUCUAUGACCAGAUUAUACAGACUGGUCCAGGUUGCACAAUUACCAAGAGAGAUAUUAAGGACGCCUUCCGAAUAGUCCCUACUGCCGAGGAUAACCAGCACCUUCUUGCUUUCCAGUGGUACAAUUCCACUUAUGUCGAAUGUUGCCUUCCUUUCGGCCUCGCAACAGCCCCAUUCCUUUUCAACCUCUUCGCGGAGACUCUCCAUUGGAUACUCCAAUGCCUCCUACCGAUAUUCUACAUUAAUCAUUACCUAGACGAUUUUAUCGCAAUCACUCAGUCUCCCUCAAUGUCCGACCCUGUUAAUUUCUCUGACGAGGUCUACAACAGAGUUACUGACUAUCUACAUAUCCCUCGUAACACUAAGAAGGACGAACAGGGAACCUGUGUGACAGUUCUAGAUAUCCAAUUAGACUCUACCACAAUGGAAGCUCGUCUGCCGCCAGAGAAGUUGUGCUGCGCUACACUGAAUGCCGCAGCCUCUCUAAACGUACCGAGUCUUUCUCUUAAGCAAGAAGAACAAAGCUACAGUCCCUAUAUACCUUCUAAACCGUUUUCCCACGUGGGAGAAGUGCGCGCCGCCGUAUCCCUUACGAGCCAAAAGGCUGUUAAGCCCGAUACUGCACUUGCCGACCUAGCCGCUCUCCGAGCUUACCAUAUCGAUAACUUCCUUGAGGAUAAACUCUUCGACAACAAGCAUUUUCGACAUCUCAUAGAUGGCACGAGAAGGCUCAACCCUAUCACGAAAGUACGUGUUAAGAAACCGAUUUCGCGUGAUACCAUUACGAAACUAUCCGCGGGCCUAGCCACACUACCCUUACAGCCCUUCGAGAUAACUGCAAACAAUUUAGACGAUUUAAACUUCGCAAUCACCUGCCGGGUAGCAUUUUCUGGGUUCCUCCGUUUCAGAGAAUUUACCUAUAAAACAGAAGACCUCAGCAUACGCUUUAUCUUCUUAGCUACAAAGCUAACGCACUCUGACGUCCGAUUCUCGUCUACAUUCGACUACGCACAAAUCACAUUUAAGCGCAGCAAGACGGACCGCCGCCAUGAAGGAGUACAAAUUAUACUUGCAAAGACAGGAAACGGAGCCUGUCCGGUUAGUGCGUUUUAG